UGACUAUUAGAUUUAACAGGGUUCUUUGAAUGAGGCUUCAUUUAGCUCUUGGUGACUAUCAAAGACAUCGUGCUUGACAAAUAUGGCAUACAUUUUACAGCUUUGGAUAUUUUUUGGUGCUCUGGUGUCUUCAAACGCUCUGGACCGCAGGAACAUAGGAUGUACAGAGGUCAAAAUCAGCACCUCUCUAAAAUCUGAAGUCUUUCUUCCUUGUCACUUUAAUAAAAGCUUUGACGAUGAAACAGAGACAGUGAAAUGGAGUAACACUUCCAGUGGAGUCACUCUUCUGACUAUCAUGGAAAAUGGUAGAAUCAUCUUUGAAAGUCCUACAGAAGGACGAGUGAAAGUUUUCCCACUUCUAUUCAGAGACGGAAACUUCUCCAUCCUCAUCCGUGAUCUGGAGCCUUCAGACAUCGGCCCGUACUUUUGUGAGCUGACGAAUGAAUGCUGGAGAGUGGAGAUCAUACAAUUGGCAGAAAAAACUGUGGACUUGAACUCUUAUCAUCAUAACUCCUGGUUGUUCUUUUUUGCUGGAGCUGGACUUUUCACUCUUCUUUUUCUUGUAUUUAAUCGCACUGGCUUACAUAACCGUUGUAUGAGAUGUAUGAGAUCAUCCAAAUCUUGCUGUAUUAAUGAAGAACACCAUGAAGAACAUGAUUCUUCAAAUCAACUUUCUAUCCAACAGAGAGCAUUCAGAACUCCAGAUCCAAAUGACUCUACCAUCACUACAGUAUAUGGCUGAGCAAGCAGGCCAGGGCACACCUACCUGUCCUCUGGGAGAUUUCGUCGCAUUUGUGGAGUGGGUGCUGGUGAAUAAUAGUCAGCGUUCACCAUCUGCCCCACGGAGGAGAUCACCAGCCCCACUCCGGACUCAGAGCCCAGUCAGCCACCGCCCACACACUGCAUGUAGUGAAGGGCAGAGCCCACCGCGGACAGUAAACCCGAGCCUGGCACGAUGUAUGAGCCAGUGGACACGAGGACUUAGAAGGCCAUCGCCCUGGAGCCUGAGCCACACAGAGAGUCUGACCAGGUGCGUAAGCCGGCCACAUCGUGCGUCACCAUGGGACUGUUCGUGGAGUAAAGUGGAAGAGGAUGUAUUUCUGUUUCUCCUGUCCCUGCUGGUCCCACCCAGCUCAAGUCUCCUGUGUCUCCAAAGUUCCCGCCUAGCCUUCCUCUCCCACCUUCUCUUCCUAUAACAGCCAGUUCCACAGCCCCGCCUCCACUGGUUCCCUUCAGCCCCUCAGCUCCUCCUCUGACACCUCUCCAUGGUGUGGAUUUACCUCAGGUCUUCCGGUCUCCAGCUCCACCUAAUAAAGAGGAUCCCCGGCUCCACCUCCAGCUGCUGAUCCUGGCUCUGCCUUCCCUUCAGCUCAGCCUCAGUCCUUGGUCCCACCGACUCUGCCUCAGUCCUCAGGCACCCUGGCUUCACCUCGGAUGCUCGUUGCUGCGGCUCAGCCAUCUGUGUCGCCCGGUCUUGCUGGCUCUUCAUCUGUGCGUAGGGCUCCACUUCCACCGGCCUCAUCUCCGUCAGUCAUCCCCCUGGUGUCGUCAGCCAAGUCUCCCUCCCUCAACUCCGUAGUGGGCUUUCGUUCUGGCUGCUCUCUGGGUCCCCGCCUGACUCCUCCUGCUCCAAGGUUCCUCCUGUCGACAUUUCCUGUGGUUCCCUGUUCUUCACCAGCCCCUCGACCUCCUCCAGAUCCCCCUCCCUCCUCAAUCGGACUAUAGUUACAGUGAAGGGAUGUGCCUUUCCUGACAUUAUGCCCCCGGGUUAUUUCUGUUUUUAGUUUCUUUUGUGUUUUAGUUUUGUUUUCCUUGUUCCUGUUUAACUGUUCUCAUUCUUUGUUAGUUUCCUUGGUUCCUGAUCAUGCCCUAAUUUGUUUCCAUGGUUUCUAAAUAAGUACACACCUGUUCUGUUUCAGUUAAUUAGCUGAGUUCUCCUCUGUUCUUUGUCUUGUAUUUAAGUUAUGUUGGUUGUGUAGAGUUUGUUUAUCUUGAGUUCAUUAAAAGUAUCUUCUAUAUUGUAGGCUAUUUUAAAACCUAUUUGUAGGCUACAUUUAGUCUAAUGUAAGCAGGGCUGGAAAUGGUUGAGAUUCACUGGGGGGACUCUAGUUGUUCUGAAUAGACAAAUAAACAAAAUAACAUGUAAUUUACUAGGGGUUCUGACAAAAUGUUAAUUGAUGCAAUCUAUUUAAAUUAAUAAUUUGAUUAUUCUUUUUUUUUUUUAAUGGUUUGAAUGAAUGAUACUGUCACGUUUAGAUCCGUUUAGUUUUUGUUUGUAUGGACUUUCAGUUUGGUCUGUAUUGGAUAUAUAUUAAAUGUUUUUUGAACCUGUA